AUGGGCAAUGAUGAACUUGCAAAGGCCUGGCCCCGGGCUGCCUCGAACCCCGCGAACGCAGUAGUGUCAGCGCUCCAGUCCGGGCGCCGGCGGCGGCGGCGGUCGCAGGGGACGGGGACGGAGACGGGCGCGCGUGCUGCGGACGCUCGCCCUGCGCUCCGGCUCGGGCCCCGGCUGCGCGCUGCUCCGCGCGGCUUCGCUCCUGGCUCCCCUCUGGCUCCUGGCACCAACUCUGGGCAGUCACAUGACGCCGGCGCCGCUCGCUCUGCGAGCCUCCCGGGGCUGGCGGGGCCCGAGACCCCCGAAGCAAACUUCCCACGGGCCUGGCCUGCCACUGGAGCGAGAAGGCGGCCGGUAGCAGCGGCGUUUGCUCAGCCGGGCAUGCCUGAAAACUUGGCAAACUUCGGUCCGGAUCCUCCCGCCCGGAGGGAGAACUCCGGACGAUCUGAGGGUUCUGUCCUGCGGCCUUUCGUUUCUCGCCGCUUCCCUGGGACCGAGCGCAAGGGCGCGCGAUGGCCACAGGGCGAUGGCCUUCCCAGCGCUCCGCGCCGGGCGGCGGAAACCCGCGUUCGGGCCAAGCCAGGCCCUGUGGAGGACUUUGUAUAUAGCGUGGCACCCGAGUUCAAUGCUUUUAGAGUUUUUGAACAGGAUUAAUGUAAUAAUGCAAUAAAAAAAAGAACAAAAGACAAA